CACAUGCCGGUUAGUCUGCCUGAGAGGACUUAGUCAGCUUAAGAGAUUCCAAGCUACUGUCGGAUCUUCCGUAGUUUUAUCAACAGUUAAUCAACCCAGGGUAAUUACAACCUAGACCUAACUAAGGAACUAGGGGGACUCAUUCCGGAGUGAUUCUCCCCUUGCGAAAGAACUUUGAACCAUUUCCUGCUUUCUUACUGCUUUUAGUUAAAACCACAAUCACUCGACUUAGUUUGCUAGAUAAUAAAUAAUCACGGAGUAGGCAGUAGAUCUAGGCCCUGGGUUGACAAAUAGAGCUUGCCACUUACUGCAUUUCUAGACUGUGAUUGCACUUGGUCGAAGUUUGGUGUUGUGUUUUAGCGUGUCAAGUUUUUGGCGCCGUUGUCGGGGAUCUCUAGGUUAUUGUAGAAACGUGAAAGUAUGUUACUUUAGCAUUUACUUUUAUGCAUCCUCUCUUUUCCACCCAUUCUUUUCACUUGGGUAUUUUGUUUUUGUUGGUGCAGAUCUGAUACAUGGAUUCUCAAGGCCUCUCCAACUAUUGGGGGUAUCCACCACUACCCGAGUGGUAUUACCCCGAGACUUCCUGGAGCACCUAAGGAGGAGAAGACUAUGGAGUCGGGUUUCAGUACCAACCCCCCCCCCCCCCCCCCACUACGAAGACCAAUCAGACCCUUGGGUAUUUCAAGAACAAUCUCAUUAUCAAGAAGAAUUCCUCCCACAACUAGAAGGGCCAUCAGAUCUUGAUUUAGCCACAACCUUCACGGGCCAUCCGGCAGAUCCAUGCUACACUCCACAGCCAUAUCCAAACUAUCACUUGAGGCUUCUCAUGGAGCAGAUUGCUCGAGUAUCUGAGAGAUCCUUUCCCGAGAUGGAUCCUCAUAUCCAGGCCAUGGCCCAAACUGACUUCUCCUUUCCCCGUGAAACAGAGGAGACCCUUCGAAACAUAAAGAAGCCCAUAGAGGUCAUUGAGAAAGCUUGUGCACAAUUUUCUCAAGACAACCUUUAUGCUACAAUACAAGCAGAGAAAGAGGAAUAGGUCAAUCAUGAGGAUGUCGUGGAGCAUACAGAAGUUGUCACAAAGAGCUCCCGUGAUGAUCAUGAUCAGAAAUAUCCUGUUGUAGCCGCCCAUUCCUUUCUGCAUCCCACACCGAGCGCUGAAGAGGCGAGCAUGAGUGAUGAGAUGCAAGCUGAUCUUAUUGAAAAGAUUGCAUGGCGACUUGCUCUCCAAUCCGUGCUAGAAGAAGAGGAGCGAGAAAGGAUGAGGAAAGAAGUUGUGGAGGAUGACGGAAGUAAAUUUGAGGAAGUCCUUGAUCUUUUCCCAGGGGAGGAAUCAAAUUCUGAGGAAGGAAGGGGGGUUGAAGAAGCAAUUGGCGUCCAGGCUAAGGAUGAAGUUGAGGUGGAAGAGGCUUGCAUCGGCCAUGAGUUACAUGUGAUAUCUCGACCAAACUUCGAGGAUAUGCUUGGCAAGGACCCAUUUGCAGUGUCUCUUUGCCAGACCAAGGCCACAUCGACAUCGGUCCCUCUUGGUGGACACAAUGGUGGUCGGUCGAUGCUGUCAUAUCUGGUUUGGGGCAAUGAGACGAGUGAGGAAGAAAAGAAGAGGUCUCGCGGUUGGAGACUUCAUAUUCAUCAAGUACACGAGCCUACAUAACCUGUCAUACCACCUUGUGACUUGAGACUCCACAUCAUCGACGAGAACCUCAACUUCAAGGAGGUUCUAGCAUGGACCGAAACUUAGCAGCCACCGUGCGACUCACGAUGGUAAAGAAGCGCUUGUGGGGAGGCAACCCCACCAAGGUUUGUUUUUUUUUUCGGUUUGUCCACAUGGAAAUCUGAUUCUGUCACCCAAUGUGUGUGUGUUUUGAUGACUCUAGCUCUGUGCCAGUUGGACUGGUCCUUGUCCAGUCCCCUGCUCUUGACUGGUCCGCCCUCCAAUCACCGUUCUUGACCCCUCUUUCACGGUAACAUCGUUCCCCUUCCCUCUGCUCCAUUAAGGGCAAUGUCGAACUUAAGUGUGUGUGUGUGGGGGGGGGGGGUUGCUUUGUAUUCAUUGGAACGUAUAUAUGUGUGCUUGGAGCCUAGUUCGCUGUCCAAAUCUUGAGAUUUGAGAGCUCCAAGUACUGCUGUUUGCUUGAUCAUAUUGGCACUGUGGGUUUAAUCGGUGAAUUGAAUGGCUUUCGAAUUAAUGCAUGACAACUGGAGUGUGACUAGGAUAACCUAUAAUGAUGAUUGAGACGUGCAGUAGAGUUGUGUAGGGGUUCAAUUUUUCAACUGUUUGCUUACCAAUUGUGACUUGGAAUGAUCACUUGCUCUUGACAGUCGUUUAUGCAUCUAGUUCAGGGAAUCAGAAUGAGAGAUAGAGCAUAUAGGUAGCCAUGUGAGAUUUGAGCCUGCUCGUUUCUUUCUUGUGCGAUAGAUCCCUCUUCCAUGAUGUGUAGCAUUCACGUUGUCACUAGCUUAGAUGAUGGAGGCAUAGGAAUAGCCCACGACCAAAUUGACUGUCCUGGUGUGUCAUACCCCCUAGUCAGCCCCUUUGAGCCGUGUAAUUUCCUUUCUUUCGGUCUACAAUGGAAAAUCACCCUUUUGCAUCUCUUAGAAGGUUCCACAGAGUGGUUUUUGCAUGUUCUCUGCUGUUCUGCUAAAAAUAAUGUGAGGGUUGGAGGUAGUUCUUAAAAGUUGGGCAUUUGUUUGAAAAAUGUGCAGAGGUGGUGGUUAACUCAAGAAAUGAAAAUAAGAAAAAAUGAAUGAAAGCAAAAGAGAGCCACCACCAAAAAUCUGAAUAGUGCCCAUUAAUUAGUGUUUCUUAGCAGUCUGGUUUGGAAAUACUAACAUUAUUGUGACCUCCUUCGCUCUUGUUCUCUAAGGAAUUUGAGUAAUGCAGAAUAGCAGAAAGAAAGUUACUGGUUUGAUUGGCUGUGAAUGGGUUGGGUUUGGAACUGUGGAACCUUGUGCUAUGAAUACUUCCACCACCUAAAAGGCUUUUUUCCCAUGUCCAAGACCCUAGCCAGUCACUUGAACCUGUGUCUAAGACCUCCGGAUUAGUUAGUGAUGACACCCAAUAUGUGAACUCUAACAUUUAGAGGCUGCCGUCAUGGUGAAGAGACGUUAGGGAAUGAGAGAAUAAGCAUGCGCAUUUUUCGCAUCAAAUUGUCCUGACCCCACUAGUCGAGAGUGAGCGAUUCAUUUCCUUGUUCUUUAUACUCUUUACCCCGGUGAGGACCUAGAUGGCUCGGUCUUGAUUCUGAUGUCUUGAGUGUGAUGCAUGCGAUGACUGUCUUGGCUAAGUGGUUGAGUCGAGUCUAUGUUGGUUGGUGAACAGAAGGGAGACUCUUCCUUUACCCGAUUAUGCUGCACUCGAAUGUCUUCUGUGGUGGUUGUCCAGGUUGCUGUUGAAGUCGUCCAUGUGUUAAUGAUCAAAAGCCAGUAUGAUUCACUUGUUUUGUGCUGAUAUGAUAUGUCCCCAAGGGUUGCAUGAUUAAGAUGUUUUGAGCUUACAUUGUCUCUGACUUGGUUUGCUUGGGGACAAGCAAACGAUUAAGUGUGGGGGAAUUUGAUAACACCGUAUUCGCACAUGCUUUCCCCAUAAUUUCUUGAUCGUUUAGCUUAGUGAUUGGUCAUUCCUUGACCUAUUUUAUGCUAGGUUGUGUUCUUUUGUCAUAUUUCAGGUCCUAGUACGUAGAUAUGGCCUUGGGGCAAGUUUCGGGACAUUUGGAGGUGAAAGAAGGUCGAUCGCGAAAACCGGCCAGCAGGGCUGUUGAAAGAUACGCCCUCAAGUGUGAAAAACGCCGCCUUGUGCUAGAGGCUGUGUUUUUCCUCUGCCCUUCACAGAAUCGCAAUUCAAAACCCCUGCCUCUUUUGAUUAAAGCACGAGCGUGUUUUGGGCUUAGAGGCCGUGUUUUUGCACCUGUGCGUGUUUUAUUUGGCGAGGAGCUCAUAUUUUGGGGGAAUAGAGUUUGGAGCAAAAAACAGAGCUUUAGAGAGAGAAAGUGCGAAGAACAAAUCCUAGGAGCUAUUUGGAGUGGAUUUCUCACCAUUGAAGCCCAUAUUGCAUCCCCAGGAGUGAAGAUCGUCAUCCCAGAGAAGAUUAUUCUCAUCUUCUUGAGUAUGAAUACUUUGAUUUCUGUUUCCUCUCUCUCUCUCUCUCUCUCUCUCUCUAUGGAGUAGAACCUUCUCUCACUUGGGUAUGAAGAACCCUAGUUCCAUGUGUUAGGAAUCUUGGUUGUAAUGACUUGGGAUUGAUAUACUGAUUGAUUUUAAUCGAUUGAUACAUGAUUCAUUGAGUCAAUUGAAGUCUGAUCAUCUUUUCUUGAUUUCUGCUGCAACCUGAGAUAGAUAGAAUCUGAUUAGGUUGUUAGAGCUUCAUCAAUCGGUAGUGGUAGAUUGGUUAUACGAGAGUUAAUCGGUUUACUGCUUUGUACUGGAAAUCAAUUCCAGUAGUGGAGUUUUGUGCUUAUUGCCUCAGCAGUCUAUCCCGGUGAAGUUUAGUCGUCUGCCGGUUAGUUUGCCUGAGAGCUUGGUUAGCUUAAGAGAUUCCAAGCUACUGUCGGAUCUUCCGCAGUUUAAUCACCAGUUAAUCAACCCAGGGUAAUUACAACCUUGACCUAACUAAGGAACUAGGGGGACUCAUUCCCGAGUGACUCUCCCCUUGCGAAAGAACUUUGAACCAUUUCCUGCUUUCUUACUGCUUUUACUUAAAACCACAAUCACUCGACUUAGUUUGCUAGAUAAUAAAUAAUCACGGAGUAGGCAGUAGAUCUAGUCCCCGGGUUGACAAAUAGAGCUUGCCACUUACUGCAUUUCUAGACUGCGAUAGCACUUGGUCGCAGUUUGGUGUUGUGUUUUAGCGUGUCAAGCGGGUACCGCCGCCGAGGAACCAAAGGCUGAGGACGACACCCUCUCUCAAUCGACGGCAGUGAUAUAUGAAAGCUCAUUCAAAACUUGAUCUCUUUGUGAGCUCCUCCAUUUGCAUCCAGAGACAGAACCAUCCCGAAAUCGAUGAGAGGAGAUUUGGGCAAGCUUAAUGGUCUUGAAAUUGUUUCAGGUAAGGGAUUAAAAGACAUUCAUACACCAACUCUACCAACUGUCUUUGUUACGCUCGGUGGCUCGAUUUGGCGCAGAUGGCAACUGGAGAUAGGGACGGUGGGACGAACGACCAUGUUUUCCCACACAGCAACAUUGGGACGAAACACUCUACGUUUCUAGUCCUCCAAAGCGCUCUGAUUUCAAGGCAUUCAUAUGCGACAUGUUAGUGGAUCUAGUGGAUCCAAAAACUCUUAGAAUUGGCAAAUGAUUUUCUAUAUAAAAAUCCAUAAACCAGAAAUAUCGACUCGCCUUUGAAAAACCCAUCAAUGCCUCAAUCUGCCCCCGGAACAUUGAAGAACUCGUCGUCGAAGGUUGUCGGAGGAGUUUCUAGAGUGAGAGAGAUGGAAGGGAGGGAGGGAAAGAAGAUACAAGAUAAUAUUAUUUUUCUUUUAUCGUUUAAUAAGAAUAUAAUAAUUAGUUGAAAUUUAUAAUUAUCCAUGUAUCGUAGUCAAAUGUUUGAUUUUGUUCCACGUCAUCAAAUUCAUUCCACCUAAGCAAUAAUUUUGCUACAUCAUAGUCAACUAAUUUUUGACAAACAGAAAGUUAAUGAUUUGACUAUUAUUUUCGAAAAGAUAUGAAUAUUAUUUUGUUUAAAACGAAAGGUUUGAGGUUUGACUAUUAAGUUGUAUUUAUCCACUAAUUUAAAAAAGCAUUUUCGGCUUGUGUGUUCCGGCCCAGCCCAAAUUCUUCCGUGUCCCUAAUAAAUACCCCCCUGUCCUGCGGUUGCAAAUCAGAAAGGAAUUCGCAAGAAGAAGCGUAGAACGGCGUAUCCUCUCCCAAGAGAAGUUAGGGUUUAUAAUUGUUGGAGUUUCUUGUGCAGUUGAGCGAGCCAUUUACCAUGAUCUACGACGUCAACUCUCCUCUGUUCCGUUCUUUCCUCAGCCAGAAGGGUGGCACUUCGGACAAGAGGUACCCUUUCUCCAUAUCAAUUUCUUCUCCAAAGUAUGUUUAGGGUUUUGCGAUUGUACUUCUUAAUCGGCCAUGUGAAAUGUGCUCCGUCGAAGGAUCUGGAAUCAUGCCUGUUCAUCCUUAUGAUUGAUUGGCCUUUCUCGGAGAUAGUUUAAUUAAUGCGCCCAUUUACGUUUCAGCUCUCGACUUUUAAGAUAUACUUGGCUGGAAUGGGACCGAAAACUUGAUUAUGACCUAGGGUUAUUGGACUUGGAACGUGACUGUGUCCCGAGGCUCCUUUCGGUGCGCUUUGUAUGCCUUUGAUUGUGGAAUCCUUCUUUUUUGUUGAGCGAAUUCUUAUUUUGCGCUUGGUUCCGUAAUCCAGUUGUCCUGUCUCAGAUGUGUGCUAGUAUCUCUGCUCUAAAACUUUUUUCUAUUGCCAGGCAUCUGCAUUCCUAUUGAUAUUUUGGUCUGUUGGUCCAUUUAUUGUGUCAGAAAUUAUAGUGCCUGCUUUGUGCUGUUUUGCUUUGUAAUUUCCCAGCUGUGAUGAACUUACGAUGGGGUUUAUUUCUUAAAGUUGAUCAUGUGCUGUGGUGCUGUGUAAUCUUUGGAUGUCAUGAUGUCUGAACAAAUUGUUUACUGCGUGUACCAGGAAAAUGGAGGAGCAGAAGCCCAAGGAACAGAGGUUCAAAGCAAACGAGAAUAAGCCAGUUAUGACAGAGUAAGGCAUUAUGCGAACAAGCAAGUUCUUUGGGGUCCAAGUAGUGGAAUAGCCAUAUGAUAGCACGGAUAACUAGUAUGAGUGUUAUUGUAAUGCGUUUAAUAUGUCGUGUAUUUUGUUAUGAAAGAACCUCUUAGUCCGUGAUUUCGAAUCAAUUGUCUGCACGAUUACUAUGGAGUUUGUUAUGAGCAUAUGACUCUUUUGAUGAGUGUGGUAUGGUUUCGCAAUCUUAUCAAAGAGAUGCAUUCAUCGCUCUUGUGCAUUACAUUUUCAUUUUUCUGCCCAUUAAAUUCUAGUUCAUUGUUUUUCAGACAUCCCUGCCUCUGUUCUGCUAUCCGAUUGAUUGAAUGUAAGCUUAGAUUAUAGAGAGAUAAUAAUGUAGUACUGCAAUCCGUCUAUAGCUGCCCUGCAGUUGAUGGACAGCAUUUAGUGGUAUAGCGUUUGGUUGUCAUUUGGCGGGGGCACGGAUGUCGGAGGGAGUUGUGGCUGUAUGUAUGUGGUCUUGGCACUGCCUGUUUGAGUUGCAUAACAAAGUCGAGUUAAACAGCCCGCCACAAGGAUUAGUAAGAGAUAGUUUGCUACUAUUAGGGAUGGAUUUGGUCCAUUAUCGAUUUCAAAAGCUUGUACUUUGCUUGUUGGAAUUGUUGAUGGAUUUUUAUUUUUAUUUUUAUGAAUAAGGUGUUUUAUUCAUCAAGAUAGGAUUGGCAGUGUCUCUCUCCUAACUGGAAACGUGUUCAAAACCCAUACAAGUGAUUACAGAAAAACCAUGAGACCUUAUACAGAACUUUACAACUUUAGUAUCUAAAUUGCAACACUAUCUAUUAGAAAGGAUUGAAGCUGCAGCAGGGAUACUACAUUUCAGCAGUCGUAGGAGAUCCUGAAUCUUCCUCACCAGUUGCUCUUCAUCAAGUGUUUUCCCAACAUAAAGCCUUCUACAAAGCUCCCUCCACAGUUCAGUUGUCAUCAUCAUGCAAUAGCUGCAAUAAAAAAACAAGUGGUCCCUUGAUUAAGGGGCACAUUUACAUAGUGGACAAAAGUUUAUGAUCAUCCUAUUCCACUUCCGAAUUUUGUCUAAAGUUGAAAUUCUAUCCUGAAUGAUCAACCAGACUAUGGGCCUAUCUCGUGGUAGACACAGCGAUCGCCAAACCAGCUUACUCCAUGGAACUUGGGCUGGUUUAACCCUGAUUACUUCCCAAACAUUCGAAACAAAAUAUUUUUCCAUAUAAGAACCAUUCCAGUAAACACCAUCGCUUUUACCUACAGAUAUUCUUCUGCUAGCAAUCUAGCCUUCAAAACUUCUGUCCAAGCCCAAGAGCAGUUCAUUGUAGGAGGAAUACACCAUAUGGAAGUGUAGGAUAGCUGAUAUCGUCUUACCCAGCUCGCUCAUAGUGAGGAAGAGUUCGACAAUAUCGCCCAUAACUGUCUUUUUAAGCAAGCUGUAUUUCAACUCUAUAGAUAUUUAAAUCCCAAACCUCCUUCCGAUUUUCGUAAAGCGACUCUAUCCCAUUUGAUCUUAGCUUUCUUCCCUUCUUCCUCCGAACCCCAUAGGUAAUCAGAACAAGCUUUUUCAAUCUGCUUAAUCACUUUUACAAGUAGCUGAAUUAUAUUCAUUCAGUAUUGUGUGAUACUGGCAAUGACCGAAGAAACCAACUGCAAUAUUUCAGCAUAAGAUAGUGAUCUUGAGUUGAUGGAUUUUAGGCGAUGUAUUUAGUAUUUAUCACUUUAAACGUUACGUUGUUACUAGUUCUGCUUUAUUUGUUUUUAUAUAUGGUGGCAAGACAAUUUUUGAUAGUUUCACGUACUAAAAAUGGGGUUUGAAAUUAAUUUUUGAGCAAUUGUCAACCAUCAGAGAAAAGAACUAAAGAACACCUCCAGUAUUUUUUUUUUUUUUUUAGCAGUAAGAACACCUCCAGUGGAUGAAAAGGUUUACAUCAUUAGCAUACCUCAUCCGAGAAACUAAUAUAAACUCAACGUUCUCUCUUUGUAUUUGUUAUCAUCAUAAAGCGGCCACCAUUCAUCUUUCAUCAAUCUGAACAACACAACCAGCUUCAACGAGAUAUAAUUGAAAUAAUUAAUUAUUAAAUGAACAAUAAGGUAAUUUUCCGUCAAGAAUUUGAUGCCAUAGCCAAAUUAUAAGGGUUGAAAUUUACAAGUCCGUGGAAUUCACGAUUUUGGAUAAAAAAGUUCAAAUUUGUGAACUGCACCUAUCAAACAAACAAGCAUAGUUAGUAAAUACUUCAUUUAAUACACGUAUAUGUACCCUCACAUAGUUUAUCCGUUUAAAACUUUCGUAUCCGUAUUAUUGUCAAGCUGUUUUAUUUUUCCACGUUCAUUUGAUGGCUCUCGUACUAAACACGUAUAAAACCCGUAUAACACGUUUAUUAUCCGUAUUUUAUGAAUUAAAUUGUUAACUUUAGUAUUAUUCAUAUUUUAUUUAUUUUUAAAAUAAUUAAAUUUUAUUUAUUAAUGCCUAUUAACGUACUAUUAAACGUAACUUUAGCUUAGAGAUGAAGUAUAAUACCGUACGUAUUUUAUACGUAACUUUUCCAUACCGUAUUAUACUGACUAUGCAAACAAGAAACAAUUUGUGACAGGAAAAAUUCAUACGGUUUGAAAAUUUGGUCAUUAUCAAAUUCAACAAGUAAACGAAUUCUAAGCAAUGGGGUUUGGUCAAGAACAUCCAUUACUGGGAGCUUUGAUAAAAGCAUCUUGCUUUCUGUUGGUUGGGGCCAAAGUCGAACUUUGUGAUUAGGUAGGCUACAGUAUAUGUUCGUUAAUAUCGUCAAUAGGCGGCGGGUCCUGUUCCUUUCUUGGUGUUCCAUGAUUAUGCAGGCACGCCAUGACGCCAUUUCGCACAAGGCCAGCCAAUGGAUGAUGGGUGGAGGUAGGGGUGCAAAUGAGUCGAGUCGAGUUUUAUCUUAGUUUGAGCUUGACUCUUUAACAAAUAAGGUCGAAUUUGAGCUCGAGCUAUUUAUUAACAAGCCGAGUCGAGUUCGAGUUAGACUUGUUUACUAAAUUCUUAGAUCGUAUUUGAUACAUUCAUUUUGUAUGUCGUGUAUGGUUCAUGUGAUUGAUGUAACGGUUAAAAAAAUAAACAAAUGUUCAACAUUAAUUAAUCUUAUAUUAUAAUUAGUAGGUGUCAUAUUGUUUAGUUAAUAAAUUUUAACUAGUUCA